CUUCGGGGGCGAACGAAACCAACCAGUGCGAUCGAGCGACACACGCCGCGCGUACCUGCGACAAACUCCGUAACGCGCCACGCUACGCGAUAUCAUGAACCGAACACAACUAUACACGCAUUUAUUCAGUGAAAUAAUGUAAAUAAUAACGUUAAUUAACAUUUAGCAUAGUUUUAGUGUUGUGUUGAAACCGUGAGCAUUGUUUACCGGCCGGCGAACGCACGCCACAGCGCUCCCCGAAAAAAAAAACUCCGAUGUCGGUGGCAGUGAGGAUGCUUGCUUGUGUCAGUGUAGUGUAUUAAAAUAGGUAAAUGUAUAAACGGCGUGCUAUGAUCGUAUGAGGAAGAAAAGCACAAGGAACAUUGUAAGUGAAGAGCGUGUCGGCUCAGUGUUAUUACUGUUGUUUGGGCAGAAAUGCGGGGUAGCUCGCCCCAGUCCAAGGAGGUAUUAUCCGAGUGGGGCGGCCGCCGCUGAUCAAAAACGGAGAUGUCGGUGGGGCUGCAGCGGCGCGUGCCGGCGCUGGACGAGACCGGCGGCGGCGUGCCUGCGGCGUGGAAGAGCGGCAACAGCGAGCCGCCAUUCGCGUCGUUCGCGCCGCCUGCUGGCUCCCCGGCGGGGCCGGCGUUCGCCGCGUCCCCAGCCCCGUCGACCCCCGGGCCGGGGUUCGCGGGCCCGCCGUACGCGGCGCCGGGCCCCUUCGGCUCGCCGUCGGCCCGGCCGGGCUCCGGCGGCGGCUUCCCCCCCGGCCCGCCGCAGCAGCCACACUUCCCCGGGCCGGGGUUCGCGCCGCCGGGGUCCCCCUUCCACCCGCACCCUCCACAUCCGCCUAUGCCACCGCACCCGCAUAUGAUGGCGCCCUUGCCGCCGCCUGUUGACAGGCGGCACGCUCCAUACUUUGGUCAGCCAGAUUACAGAGUAUAUGAACUCAACAAACGGUUACAGCAGAGGACAGAGGACUCAGAUAACCUGUGGUGGGACGCGUUCGCGACAGAGUUCUUCGAGGACGACGCGACGCUGACCCUCACAUUCUGUUUAGAAGAUGGACCUAAGAGAUACACAAUAGGAAGGACGUUGAUACCGCGGUACUUUCGUAGUAUAUACGAGGGCGGAGUCUCCGAACUGUACUACACGAUGAGGCAGCCCAAGGAAUCCUUCCACAACACAAGCAUCACUCUAGACUGCGACCACUGUACCAUGGUCACGCACCAUGGGAAACCUAUGUUUACUAAAGUAUGCACAGAAGGGCGUCUGAUCCUGGAGUUCACGUUCGACGACCUGAUGCGCAUCAAGACCUGGCACCUGGCGGUGCGGGCUCACCGCGAGCUGAUCCCGCGCGCCGCCGUGCACCCGCCCGACCACGCCGCGCUCGACGCGCUCGCCAAGAACAUCACGCGCCAGGGCAUCACCAACUCCACGCUUAACUAUCUCAGGUUAUGCGUGAUCCUAGAGCCGAUGCAGGAGCUGAUGUCGCGACACAAGGCGUACGCGCUGUCGCCGCGCGACUGCCUCAAGACCACGCUCUUCCAGAAGUGGCAGCGCAUGGUCGCACCUCCUGAGUCUCAGCGUCCAGCCAGCAAGCGACGCAAACGCAAGGGCAGCGGCGGCCCCAACGCCGCGCCGCCCGCGCCCGCCAAGAAACGCUCGCCCGGACCCAACUUCAGCCUUGCAUCACAGGACGUGAUGGUGGUAGGCGAGCCGUCCCUCAUGGGGGGCGAGUUCGGCGACGAAGAUGAGCGGCUCAUCACGCGAUUGGAGAACACUCAGUACGAGGGAGCUGACGAUUGGACCGCGCCGCCGCCCGCCUCGCCCGCCAAGACGCCGCCCAACCACUGACGCCCGGCCGCCCUGUGCUGCAACCCUCAUGUUCAAAAUAACUGAAGUUACACGUAUCUUACUUUAAAUAUGCUGCAGGUUAACAAAAAAAUCUCAGGUGAGAAGUCUUGUCGGGAACCGAAAUUAUAUCAAGGUAUGACUGCGAGAAAGAGACGACCUAUCAUGUUCUCGCCUCUCGAGUUCUCGGCGUGAGCUCAGGCUGUUGUUUUAAAACCUCUUCAAGGGUUAUGCUCUCCUAUAAUAGUACUUUUUCUGUUGUUUUUUCCCCAAAUUAAUUGAAAGACUCUUCAAAUAUUAUUUAUCAGUUUUAUGUAAAGAAGCUCUUUUAAAAAUUAAUUAUACAUUAUAUAAUUUUCAAAAAAUUAGCAUAAGUUAAUUUUAAUAACUUUAGCUGCAAAAUGUGUUAUUAAAAUUGUAUGUACUGAAAUUUUAUUUAUUUAUUGAUAGAUAGCAUAAUUUUCACAUGAUAAAGCUAAAAUUCAGUUAUUUUGAACGUAAGCACUGAAUUUGGCAGAAAAAGCAAAAAGUACGCUAAAUCAGUCUUAAAGAAGUAUGUGAGUUGACUCAGAAUAGUUAACUUUACUUCGAAUAAAACCUAUUUGUAAGCUUGAAGAACAAUUCCAAUUUUAAAAUGUUUAUAUGUACUUAUAAUUUGAUUCAACCAAUCGAAUAGCACUAUUAAUACUCUGGAUUGAGUAUAUUAGAAAAAUAAAUCAGAUUAAAAAGAAAAAACUUUAAAUUGACUUUAAAGCAUUUCAAAAUUAGAAUUGUCCUUCAGGAUUAGAACAAAAAUCCUCUCAUAUAAAAAGUGUCUUAAGACCUCUUCUUGUGUUGUGCUCUCCUAGUACUUUUUCUUUAGUAAAUAAACCACCAAAUAAAUGUAUGACGAAAAAAAGUUAAUUUGAAUGUUUUUGAAAAAAAUGUAAUACUUGUCAUUUUACAAUGUGAGAAAAAUAAUUUGUAUCGUCUUAGAUAUACAUAAAUAAAGUUUAUAAGUUAAAUAAUUAUUGUAUGUGAACGCUAAAUGGGAAUCGAAAACGUCUAUGCUUACCCAUUUAGAUUUAGAAGCGUGAUAGAGUGUAUGAAAAAUGUAUUUAUAUUAUUUGAAGUCAUUCAAAUUAACUUUACAAAAUUUUUUAACUUAAAAACGCGUAUAAAGCAACUCUUUUUGAUUCAGUCGGGUGAAACUGUUUCUUUCUUAAUCAUUGUUUAUAAUGUUAAACUAUUACAAUAGUUGCUGAAAUUAUCAAUCAGCCUUGAUAGACGGACAGGCUUCGCAAACAAAUCUAAGGUUCCUUAUACAUUAUCUGCCUAGCCUUUUCCCAACUAUGUUGGGGUCGGCUUCCAGUCUAACCGGAUGCAGCUGAGUACCAGUGCUUUACAAGGAGCGACUGCCUAUCUGACAGAAGGUUCCUUAUACAGAACCUACGAUUUGUCGUGGUCUCGACUCAUACUUGACCAAUUAGUUAUAUAAAUAAAUAUUGUACAUAAUAUUCGUCUUUAUUUAUGUUUUAUCGUAAAAAUAUACAUUGUUUUAAUGACAUUGAGUUGCACCAUUUAACUAUAACGAUAACCGAACCAUUUUCAGUAGUCAAAUCGCCGAUGUGAGCAAUGCGCGGCAAGUAUACGGCUGGCUAUGGCUUGGUUAUCGUUAUAGUUAAAUGGUGCAACUUAAUUGGCUAAGUUAUUUGAGUGCAAAAAUUACACGCUUCGUCGUCUCAAAAACUUUUUUCAGUGUGUUCUUGUUCCUACAUAUUCGUUUUAUAUAUUUUUUAUUGAUCAAUCAAUAUUUAUAUCACAUAAUUAAUUGUAUUAUUUGAGUUUUAUUAAUCAUUGUAAUUAAUCUGUCAUAAAUUAAUUAUAUUUUUUUUUUCUUGUACUGGAUAACAUUCCAUUGAGAAAUCACUGAUAUAAUUUUGAAAAUAAAACUGUAGAUAUAAUUUAUUGAUAUAAAACACUUGUUAUUUUAUACAGUCACGCGGCCAUUUCCAAUAUUCUACAAAUCUGUUAUUUUACUUACUAGAGAUAGAAUUUUGAAAUAAAAGUACUUUCACAUUCCUAUCUGUAGUAACCAAACAACAGAUAGAUAGAAUAUUGGAAACCGCCGUUACAACGCCACGGUAUUUACGAUAGUCUUGUAAAAAGUACCAGGAGAGCAUACUUAACAAAGAGGUUAUCAUAAAGCAGUAUGUAAAUGUGAAAAUGUCGCGGUUAGGGUACUAUGUUGGGCACGCGAGCUAGGCUGUCGACGAUUAAACGGGCACACAUGGAUUAUGUCAACAAAAUAUAAAUAAAUCAAUAAAUAUAGGCCUUUACGGAUAAAUUAUCA